AUGCGGAUAGAGCAAGUUCAAAAUGAGCGCGAUGUCAUUGGGAAACGAGUACGGACGUCCAGCUCGUCCACCACACAGACGAAAUCGCAAAUCAAACGUCAUCAAAGCGCCGACGAAGGAUCUUCUAAACGAUCAUCACCAGAACUUGGCGGAACUUUUGAAGAUGCUUGGGACUGCCCCGAGACGCUAAUUAGUGCGCUUCUAAAAUCCGAGAAAACGAUUAAUAAUUUGCGUGAUACCGUAAUCAAACAAACCGGGAAUGUUGAAUACACGGUGAAUCCAGAAGAACCGGUUCAGGCAACUUCUUGCUCUGGGACUCGGACAGCCACGGUAAACGACAUAUUCAAAUCUUUGCAUAGUCAGCUGCUAUUAGUGAUUGAAUGGGCAAAAACACUCCCUCCUUUCCUCACUCUGUCAGCAACAGAUCAGACGGCAUUGCUCAAAAACUUUGCUCCACAACACAUCGUCUUAUGUGUUUCAUAUCGUUCCAAAGAAGGAGCAGACUUUCUCAAGCUGAUCAAUGACACUAACAGGACAUCGAAAGCCACUUUCCAUACAAAGGAACAUCCUAACUCGUGCAAAUUUGGUCACUGUUUUAAUGAUCAUCCAUAUUUCAGCGAUUUUUAUCUUUCGGACUGCGAGAAGAUGAUGGACCAGAUGGUCGCACCUAUGAGAUUUCUGGCAAUCGAUGAUGCAGAAUUUGUUACGCUUAAAGCAUGUGUAUUGUUUAAUCCAGUUGCAAAAGGUCUGUCACCGCUAGCUGUCACUACCGUAUUGAAUACCCGAAGGCGCAUAUUCUCAGCCUUAGAGCAUUACGUCCGUACAAGAAAGUUUGAUGAAAAGACGCGGUUAGGUGACCUGACAUGUUUUCUGCUUUCACCUUUGUCGUCAUUGGCAAAUUCCAUAUGCGAAGACAUUUUGGUGACGAAGUUAAGUGGUGUAGCACGGCUAGAUGUGCUUAUGGAAGAACUCAUGUUAGCUGAUGCCGAGGAACAAAAUAAAUGUCCUCGAGAACUGCUAACGGUGGACACUACUUUAUCCACCGUCAACGAGUUCAGCUCACUCUUAUCGUCGGAAAAAACGUCGCUUACGCUAUCAGAGCCGUUAUCCGAUGAUUUUGAUCCUUUGAGCACUAGCACAUUUCCCUCAGGAGUCACACACACCUUCUCACUGUCUAAUUUUGAAGAGUAUAUCACUUCCGAUCUCACCAUCUCCGUCAGUGUCACCGAAUCUCCUGUGGUCAAGUCAAUUGACACCAUCAUGCACAACGGGUAG